AUGAACCAGGGACGUAAAGAAUAUAUCAAGGAACGAGAUUCGCUACAUUCGGCCAUCCUUGACGUGCAUUCAAGGGAUUUACCGCGCCGAAAAUACUACCUAAAUUUGGUCUGCCACAGAGCGAAGGAGCUAGCGAGCGAUCGACAGAGCGAUGUUUUGAAAGGGCAUCUUCCCGUUGUACUGCGUUUGGCAAGUGUAUGUCCUUUUGAAGAUGUUCGCAAAGAAUGUGCAAAGCUUUUACAAGACUUAAAGGUCAUUUGAAGUUAAAAAUUUCAUCUCAAUUUGCGAUUGAAGUAACAACUCGAGAAGGCUCUUGUGUCAAAAUUGACAUUUCUGUAAAGGAAUUAUACUUCGUUUUUUAUAGGCAAGCGGUGAGAAAGUGCCUAGAAGAGUCUAUCUUGGCCCUUCGUCUUUUAUCCCUUCAAAAGAGGUAUGAAACUUAUAAAAUUAGAGAAAAACUGUCUUAAAAUAUGAAAUUAUUAAUAACUUUUUGAUUAUUCUUGUGCCUGCCACCGACUGACAAAUUUCUAGCAGCUGUCCGCCAAUAAUGAAGAAAGCGCGAAUUUGUUCACAAUUUCAAUGCUUUAACUUGUAGUAAAAUUCUAGAAAAGCAUUUCUAUAACGGCAGAAAUAAUAUAUUUGUUGUGGUUUGGAAAUAGAGGCUCUUAAAAGCAUUGAAGCAAAAAAAUUCGGCUUGUGCAUUGUGUUAUAUAAGACGGGCAUUGAAUUCCUGAGUGUAGUUUAUUGCCAAACGUGUGCGCUGGGAAAACCCAUAAAUUCCCGGAAAGUUUUUGGUUUUUCAGAAAUGAGAAGUUUCAUUUUGGGUGCAAAUUUAUCUGCGACAAUAUCAGGCUGACAACCGCUUCUACUCAGAAAUAUAUAUCUAUAUGUAUAUAUAUAUAUAUGAGGGGAAAAAAAAUUUGAAUAAUAUAUAGCUCAUAUAUUUUACACUAUUUCAAUAUUACCUUCAGCAAACACAAUGUAGAAUAUAUUCAGUUUUAAUUAUAUUCUAAAGCGUAUCGCUGUUUUCGUUUUAAAAAUUAUCUGCAAUUUGAGCAUAUGAAAUUUUAAUCCUUAUUUUCAGAUAUUUGUGUGUGAUCUUUAUCAAAAAUAUCACUGGUGGUUUAUAUAUUAGUUGAUGAUGUGGCCAGAUCCCGGGAAAUGUUCUUGAUUUGUGGUCAACCACAAAUUAAAAUAAAACUGCAAAAUAUAUUUGUUAUAAAUAUGGGUUGAUAUAAAUGGGUAAAAAUUGCUCACUGUCGCCCCAUGCAGCUUGAGUGAUACGUCCUGCCGUGAUCUACAAACAAUAUUGCCUGGCGAUUUUUUUCCUCCUAAUAUGGGUGGAGCUGGGCUAGUCCAUACUUUGUGCAUAUGUUCUCGCGCAUUUGAGUUGUUGAGCAGUUUUUCGUUGGCUUUUGCCAAUAGCAAUGCAAGGCAUUAUAUUAUUUUCUGAAAUCAUUGCAUUUUACAUUACUGCAUUUUACAUUACUGCAAUGCUGAAAACAUUGUGCUGUGUUGUAGUAUCUUAAUUAACUAACUUUAAUGGUCUGUGUCUUAGAGUAAGCAUCCUAAGUGUCAAUUAAUGGUUCGUUAUCCAGGCAUCAGAAUUAGCGAAAAAUCAAAGUUAGGCAAAUCUAUGUUUUUGGUAAUAAAAUCCUCAAAUACGUUUCUUAAAAGUGAUCAGAUGAAUGAAAAGUUAAUCGCGACUCUUCAUCACUGUUUAAAGAAAACAUAUCUGUUAACAAGUAAAAUUGUAUGGCGUUAGACCGAGUAAGAAAAUAAAUAAUAAUUCCAGCUUAAUUGGUUAACCAUAUAAACUCAUUUCAAAAGCAUUAAAUCAUACACUAUCGAAAUAUUAAACUGAAUUAACUUGUUAUACAUGUCAAGGCCGGAGUUAUAUUUGCUCUGUAAUAUAAAGACGUAUGUGAUCACAGGGUCGGUAAUAUUUUGCCCAAGGUGACAUGACAAUACAUCAGGCGUUUGUGGAGUGUGACCUGCUUGGGAAGACAAUAUAUUUGAAAGUAACAAACACAUUUGUAUGAUAUGUGAACAAACCAUGCAUGCAUCUCGAGGCAUGCAAAUUCUCAUGCAGUUUUGCUGUGCCUAGUUUAUCACUGGACAAAUUGAUUUCCAACAUGUUUUGGUGCUAAACUAGUUGAUUAUUUAAUGAAUAUCCUAAAGCAUAAUCUUAGGGUAGUCGUAUGAGGAUGGGAAUCGGCAGUCCCGCAUUGCUACGGGUUACAUUUCAAGCUCUAGAUUAACAUGUUGAGUGUUUCAACUAUGUUUUGACUUAAAUAGAAUACAUGAUAAUGUUGGGUAAGCAUUAUAAGAACAGCUAACCAAGAUCAUGCACAUUUGACCCAGGCGAACGUAUCAGUAACUGUCUUUGCUAGACGUAGGUAACUAGUGCCAAUCAAAUGAACAAGCUUUUAUUGGUAGGGGUAUAACUACCUGAAAAAUAUAAGGAGAAUUCCAACGUUUUGAGCGAAGGCACUUCGUCUGGAGUUACUAGUAACCAAGAAAGUAUCAGUACUUUUUAAUACAGUUAAACAAUAUAUACAAAGUAUAUAAUAAUAAACAAGUGUAGUUUGGUUUUCAAAAUGCUCAAGAGUGUUUGAUAUCACAUAGACAGAGCAGAUAUAUAGUUUUUGUCCUCGAAAGGUUGCCAUAACAGUUUGUUUCAUGCAAGAGGAAUCAUCAGGUGGUACCUGGCAAUUCCUCUUGGACAAACAGGCUGUUAUGGCGACCUUUUGGGGGUAAGAACUAUAUAUCUAAUAAUAAAUACAUCUAUAUACCAACAAUAUAUCUGUUCUGUUAAGGCUUUGAGUUGUACUGUAUAAAUCAAGCACAGAACACACCUACGACAGCACAGGGGUAUGCAUGCAUAAUAGUUUAUAAUUAUACAUUGAAAUGGUAAGAAGUUUUUAUUGAUAACUUUAUUUCAUCUUCAAUAUUAUAAAAAUGUAGAUGGGAUUUUACUAGAUUGAAUUUUCAGACCCAAUUUGUAUACAAUUCUGCCGACUUUAAAAAUAUCAAAUAUAUGUUAACUGCUUCAAACUAAAUUCUACGGCUGUAUGCAAGCUUUAAACCUUUUACUAAUAAUAUCUGGUAUGCUUUUGUGCUCUGUUGACAUUGAUUAAUUCCAGAUGAUGAUAUGUUCGCAUUUAGUUAAUUAAAUCCAUUGUUCUAGUGUUAUCACAGAGCGCUGUUUGCUGUCUGUCUGCGAGAUUGGACACAACGCAUACUAGAUAUGCUGUGAGAAUUUUUCUUUGUUAUAUUUGACACAUUCUAAGCAUAAAGUAUCUGGAAAUUUGUUACGAAUAGCUCUGUCAAUUCUAGGGUGUUUGCAUUAUAAUACACUAUAUAUUAUAGUAUUCAUUUAUUCAAGGCUCCUGUUUCUUCAUUUUGCAUAUUGUGAUGACGUAAUUGAUAUGACAGAUGCUUUUUAAAAUAAACUAACCACCAUAAUUCAAUGGGUGAGAUUUAUGCUCUUCUGCUGUGAGGUGCUGCAAUCGCAUGACACUCAGGGAUGGAUUUACUGGGGGUUGCACCCCCUAGCCCUGGCCAGGGGGGUGCUAGUUUUCAUGAUAAAAUAAAAAAUUAUUAGAGACAAAAUGAGAUACAGUAAUUUGAGCAAUAACAUGAUGAUAAGCGAACUGUGAACAACAAUUACAAUUCAAAUACAGUAGUCAAGCAAGACUUUGCAGUAGUGAAGCAAAUUGAUGGGUGGGUGGCACACAUGACCGACACAAUUUGGCACUAGAGCUGGCAGGGCACACCCCCCCCCUACCAGAUCACGCUGGCUGGAUUCAUCCCUGAUGACACUUAUGUGAGUCAGGCAACACUCUAUCGAACGUUGUGUUUGCCAGAGAUGCCCAAUUCAGCUUAGCUCUCAUUUGCAAGUAAGGAUGAUUUGCACAUGCCAUUUACGUGCUUAUUUCUAUAUGAUAGUGAUAAGCUUGUUGCUGAAACAGAAAACCUCACGAUCUGUUUUGUAUAGAGUAGAAAAAAUGUAGUUUGUAUUCAAUAGACCUUACCGAUUAUUCUCAUUUACCCAAUGGGCUCGUUUCCAUGUUAACUUAUUUUAGCAUGUCAGGGGCAGAUAAAGAUUAUAUUCCCAUGUUUUCCUGGACAAAUUUAUUUCUUCCUAUUCUUAGGCUCAAUAACAAAGUAAUUUUCAACACAUGAGUUAGUAUUUGACAUGAAAACGAGGCCAUUGAGUAAAAGAGAAUAGUCGGUUAGGUAUAUUAUGAUAUAAAUAUUUACAGUUAAAUUUUGUUAAUUUUGCAGCAGAGUUUUUGUUUGUAAUGUUUAUAAAGCUGUAAUUUUACCAUCAUCUGAACUUAGGCAAAUGUAAAAAUAGUUAUAUUGCUAUGUUAUUGUGGAUUUUGUAGUCAUUGUUUCCAAAGCCAACUAUAAAUAUUUUUAAUCUGUUAGAGAUUAAUUUCGGUUUAAGAGAUUAAUUUCGGUUGGAUAUCAUUGGUCCUGUUUGAUAAUAAGGAUUAGGUUUUAUAUACAUUGAAAUCAUUCGUCUGCUUUGUAAAGUAUCAAUAGGUUUCAUGACCCCUUAAAUUGAAUCGCCAUAUAACAUUGGUUUUACAAGAUAUAUUUUAAUAAUUUUAGUGCCAAAAUUCAUGUCUUAGAUUAACGAUGCUUAUUAAUAGCUAGCUGUGUAAAAAUCUUAAACAUUAGCUAUUGCAUUUUUUGGGACACUUUGUAUGACAUACCUGCUGUGAUUUAGAUAACCAAUGGACAACUUGCAUGUUAGACUAAAUUUUAAUCUAAGUAAAGAGAAGGGAAUCAAACACCACAGCUAAAAAGAACAUAAUGAAAUUAGUAAAAUUGCAAAAUUUGGUUGCGAAAUGUUGUAAAGCUUGGAAAAUAUAGUCUUGCAAGGUUUGCAAAUUUUGUAUAUGUUUGUAUUACGUGCGGAAAUUGUUACCAUUUUCGGCUCAGAAAUGGUAACAAUUACGUAAUACAAACAUAUGCAAAAUUUGCAAGCUUUGCAAGACUAUAUUUUUCAAGCUUUUCAAACAUUUCGCAACCAAAUUUUGCAGUUUUACUAAUUUUAACAAGUUCUUUACGGGAAUUUACUUUUUUUGUCCAGAUCAAAAAUUAGUCUAACAUCCAAGUUGUCUAUUUAUACAGUAAUAAACAGUUCUGCACUGAUUGAGAACAUUUUCCUGAGGUAUACCAUUGACCGAUUUGAAAACUAGCCGCCACAAUUUUAUAUUUUAUUGUAUUACCAUGCUGACAAACAAUUUUUAUACAAUUCAUGCAAGCGAAUUUAUAGCCCUGCAACUCUAGCUAAAACUUCGGCAUUUUUAACAUUGAAUUUCUCAAAGAGAGUACAUUAUUUUGCUUUCUAUAAAAGCGAUGUUUUCAAUCAAAACUGUAUUACAUUAGAUUGGCCCAUAGUAUGACGUCAUGCUUCCGCAGUGACCAUUUAAACUAAACAUCGAAUAUCAAGUUCCUUCCGACAUUUAAGCUAUAUUUAUGAAUAGUUUAUUCAAGGUCAAUAAAACAAUCAAUAAUGUUUUGUAAUAACCUUGAUAUAGCUUUCUGUAACAUGUGUUAGAAAGUGAAAAUGAUACAUCGUGUACCGAUAUUAACCUUGCAUACAUAAAUAUACAAUAAUAUUAUCUGAAUAACACCGUACAUUCGAACAGAAUACAGUAUGUAUUGUACAGAUUAACUCACAGAUGUAGACGAUCAUGCUGAUAUGACUGUUUUAUAUCUCAGCAUGAGUUGAACCAUUUAAUCUCAUGUCAACACUUGAGAUUUUGCAAUAAUAAGGUUACUAAAAGCCAUUCUAAUAAUUUAAAAAUAAACCCAAGCCCUGGUUGAACGUGUGCUUUGUCAUACACCGCUUUGAUUGAAUAAAAAAAAACUUAGAUGAUAAAUUUACACAAAAAAAUUCCUAGACAGACUUUUGAAUUAAGAGUUGACACUUUCCUUCAAUUCCUUGGGAUGAAAGACAAAGGAUAUUUAAACUGUUGAAAGGAUUGUCUAGCUGGAAAUUUCUUAGACUCAACCAGGACCAGUUCUCACACUCACACUUUGAUUGGAAAGAAACUUCGAUACUGUAAAAUAGUCUGAAGUCUUUGAAAGAAGAUAUUUACACUCUCACACUCGCACUUUGAUUGGAAAGAAACUUCGCCGAUACUGUAAAACAGUCUUGAGUCUUUGAAAGAAGAUAUUUACACUGUCACACUUUGAUGAAAGAAACAUCGAUGCUGUAAAACAGUCUUGAGUCUUUGAAAGAAGAUAUUUACACUCUCACACUCACACUUUGAUUGGAAAGAAACUUCGCCGAUACUGUAAAACAGUCUGAAGUCUCUGAAAGAUAUUUACACUGUCACACUUUGAUGAAAGAAACAUCGAUGCUGUAAAACAGUCUUAAGUCUUUGAAAGAAGAUAUUUACACUCUCACACUCACACUUUGAUUGGAAAGAAACUCCGAUACUGUAAAACAGUCUGAAGUCUUUGAAAGAAGAUAUUUACACUCUCACACUCGCACUUUGAUUGGAAAGAAACUUCGAUACUGUAAAACAGUCUGAAGUCUUUGAAAGCAGAUAUUUACACUCUCACACUCGCACUUUGAUUGGAAAGAAACUCCGAUACUGUAAAACAGUCUGAAGUCUCUGAAAGAUAUUUACACUGUCACACUUUGAUCGGAAAGAAACAUCGAUACUGUAAAACAGUCUGAAGUCUUUGAAAGAGGUUUACACUGUCACACUUUGAUCGGAAAGAAACUUCGAUACUGUAAAACAGUCUGAAGUCUUUGAAAGAAGAUAUUUACACUGUCACACUCGCACUUUGAUUGGAAAGAAACUUCGAUACUGUAAAACAGUCUGAAGUCUUUGAAAGAGGUUUACACUGUCACAGGUGGAAGGGGGCUAAUACCAACCCAUUUAAUGGAUAUUAUAGAUGGAAUUUGUCGAGUGGAAAUUUAUACUACAUUUAUUAGAUCUAACCAUGAACAGAAGCGAAGAAUGCAACUUUAGGUCCCCUGGCAGGAAUUGAACCUGAGGUUAAGUGUAAUAAAUGAAUAUAAAUUUCCACUCGAAAAUUUCCAUCUACAAUAGCCAUCAAAUAUUAUUCAUUCGAGUGAGAUGCCACAAGAUUCUCUGUGGGAGGUAUACCAGGAAGAAUCGAAGGUGAAGGGCGCUUGCAUGCUUUGACGACUAAUAUCAGGCAAGCAUGCCCCUCAGAAGCAACUGGAUAGGGGAAAUAGAAUGUGUAAACAAUCCUGUUAAUUGUGUUAAUACAUCUGUAUAGAUUUACUUGUCAAAUGAGUUGUAGGUCAAGUUCAUUGUCCUUGCUUAACGACAUCUUGCGAUGUGCGUCAUUUCUUGUAAAGUUUUGUUUACAAACCCUCCAGUUGGUCAUCCUGUUCCCUACGGAACACUUCAUUCCAGAUUCAUGCGUGACGCUCAUUGGGUUAGUUCAAAAACUACAACGACCCCCGACAGUUAGGGGCCCCCUCAGCCCCGGCCUGAGAAUUAGAAAACGUAAAAAUGGACCUUUCCCCUCUUAUAACUAAAAUUUCGAUCUGGACAAAAAUUUCAUCACAGCUUGAAAGAGCAUCACAAAAUUAGUAAUAUUCCGAAGUUUCGUUGCGAAAUGUUGUAAAAUGCGGAUAAUAUAGCCUUGCGAAGUUUGCCGUUUUUCUGUCAAUUUGUAUUGCAAACGGGAAAUUGACAUCCGAUUCGGGUGUUGGGGCUGCAAUUUCCCGUUUGUAAUGCAAAAUGACUGAAAAUUGCAAACUUCGCAAGGCUCUAUUUUACUCAUUUUACAACAUUUCGCAACGAAACUUUGGAAUAUUACUAAUUUUGUGAUGCUCUUUCAAGCUGUGAUGAAAUAUUUGUCUAGACUUGCCUAGAUAAAAAUUUUGGUUAUAAGGGGAAAGGUCUAUUGCAGGUUAAGAAUUGAUGGGAAAAUGCAAAAUUAAUAAUGCUAAAUAAUAAAGCCUCCAUCGACAACGGUAGCGGAUUUUUUUUAUUCCAUCUCAAAUAAAACAAAAGCUUUUCUUAUUAGUUUUAUUGUUUUUGACACGGAAUUUUCUAGAACAUUCUAUAAAUCAUGAUUUUUGUGUUGGUGUAAUGUACUCAGGUGAAUAUGAUGCUUGUGAUGUUGCUCUGAGUGUAUAUCCACACCGGGCAAGCUUGAAAAAUAUGCCUGGCUACGGUGGGAAUUGAAUCUACGACCUUUGGAAUACUAACCGACCUGACCGCGUAGCUCAGUUGGCAGAGCAUUGUGCUAGUAUUCCAAAGGUCGUAGGUUCGAUUCUCACCGUGGCCAGGCAUAUUUUCCAAGCUUGCCCGGUGUGGAUAUACACUCAGAGUAACAUCACAAACAUCAUUUUAUAAAUAUUCAACAUCAAUUUCAUAUCUCAAUGAAACAAUUACAACAGUCAACAGGGGCCCCCACACCAAAUAUACCUAAGAGCCCCCUCUUCAACCGUUACGCCACUGAUUGAUAUACAACAACUUGAAAAACACAAGCAGUACCUCGACGUUUCGACGAAGGGCCAGGCGUGCACAAUGUCACUUCAUAAUUUGCAGGUAUAUAGCCCGCAUCCACUGUCCUCCGCAGAGCCGCGCACGAAGGCUAUAGCUAUAUAUAGUUAAACACACGGGCUAUAUAUCACCAAUUUCCUGAAUGCCUUACGUCUUCCGGGUAUAGCUCACUUUCGUGUUUAUUUAUACGACUCUACGGAGGAGAAUGGCCAGCAUCCUCUGCGUACGAGAGUGAUGUCGUCAAAUAAGGACAAUGAACUUGGCCUUGAACUGCCUCACAAGUAAAUAUAGACGCAUUGACGUAACCUAAUUAACGAGCUUGUUAUCUCCAAAAUGCAAAGCCCAUCGCACUGUAAAUUUGAAAAAGUCGAAUCAACUGCAAAAGUGAUAUUCUCUCACUGGUUUUGAUCCUUGAAAUUUACAGUGUGUUGAUAUAAUUUGUUAUCAAGGCGUUGCACAGCCAGGGGUUGUAGUAAGCGGGUGCCAGGUCAGGUCACUACUUGUGACCACAUUUUCCAUCUGGCGAGCAGAUUCUUAUGAAGUGCAGUCCUCACUGGCGACUGAGAAGUAAUUCCAAAGCCCGAAUAUUUCUCAGUAGUGAUCAGGCAUUUCAUUCUAUCUUCGCAUAUAAUUUGGCAACAUAUAAUAAACACAACUGUUGUUUAUUUAGAGAAUGCUUCGUAACACGUUGAUUUAGGGAGAUAUUAGAUUAAAUUUGGCGACCAGAUCUUAUUCGCUGCUAGUAAUUUGGGCGACUAAGUAAUUUUCAGGAUGAGAGUUGACAAGAUUCUCAUCAACUUUGAGCUUGUUCGAAUUUUGAUGAUAGUUCAUUGGAGUUUUUGCUACGCACGCGGUAAUACCCUGUUGACUUUCGUCAGAUAUAUUAACUAAAACGUUACAUAUUAACUAAACAAUAUAUUUAACCUAGGCAACUAAUUUCUAAAAACAAAGGUCGAGGAAGAAAACUCUUUGCAAAAUAAGUCAAGAUAACCGAACUUUUUAUCUCUUUCGGUAUCUGAUUCCAUAUUUGAGCCACACUGUAACUGAAACCUUAGGAAGUCUGUCCUAGGCUUGGGAAUCAAAAGCCUAGUCGAAGAACCCCUUAAAUUGUAAUUUAAACACAGUCUUUAAGGUGCUAAUUUAUUGACCGUUUAGCAUAUGAGAGCGCCCUACGUUUCUCGAGUGAUAUCCAUGCAACCAAGAGCAUUAUAAGCCAAGUUAGACUGUCCAAGUUAGACUGUCGAGGUUAGACUGUUCAGCUAAGACUGUCCAGGGCAGACUGUCCAGCUUAGACCACAAAUGGGGCCUACCGCUAAACACUAUACUCUGUCAUUUACUUUCAGAUAAUUCCACUGAAUGGCAACAAGGAUGAUACUGACAGCCUGUUGGUGGAGACAUUCCUCGCCAGUGGACGUCUUACUCAUGUUCAUUGGUUAAUGGGAUAUCAUCCACAAUAUCUCGAGUGUUUUCUUAACACACAUUUUUAUCUCAUGAGAGCCGAGGGACCGUUACAGUUUGAUUGGAGAUGUUAUAUUGCAAUUUUG